CGCAUUUCGUCAAUAUCAACAGCCGAGGUUUCUCAGUGCUGCUGUAUCAUCGUAAAUCCCUUCUUUAUCAAUAGCUAAUACAUAAUUAUUUUUGUGUUGUUCGAUCUUUGAGCGAUUUCAGAAGUAACCAAAUAUUUCAGUAAUGGAUGAUAUUGCGUGCAAUUCUCCGUCAAUGAAUCACUGCCCCGAUGCUGAUGUCCAUCCUCUUCCUCAUUCUCCGACGGCCUCUGUCAGUUCCAAGUUCGGAAAGAAUAAAUUGACGAAGGAAUUAGGGCAAUCUUCGGCAACUGCUCUUAACAAAGUCUCAUCACAAAUCAGAAAACCUCCUCGCCGUAAAACUUCUCCUAUCAAUUGGUUCCCACGCAAAAAAGUGGAUUCAUUCUUGAAGAGGAAAAUUAAGAUGCUUCAGGAAGUAGAUGGAAUGAAUUUGACACUUGAUCAAACUCUAGGAAAUUCUAACCCACAUUAUUCAAGAGUGUUGAGAGAGAAAAUGGCAGCUAGAGAAGCGGCAAACAAGGCAAUGGAGGCUCGAAGAGCGGCUUUGGUUGAGGCAUCUUGGUGCCGAAUUUUACGGGCUGCAAGGAUUCCUAGUGAUGAUGCAGAGGCUCAACUCUUAAAGGCAGAAAAAAGUGCAAUUGAAGCUUUUGAGGCUGCUGAGGCUAUGGGUGUUAUCAUGUUUGACUUGCCAGAUUGUCCAAGGAAGCAUGGUCAAAUAGAGACACCCUCUAUUAGUGGAGAAGGAUCUUCUACUCAUACUUUUACUGCAACUUUUGAAACUGCCUUUGAUGUAGAUAAAGAAGUAGCUGCAGCAGUAAAAACUGCAUUUACCAGGCUUGCAACAUGCCCUUCAUUUAGUAAAGAUGAAUUCAAAGAGCUGCUAAAAAAAAUUAGUGAACACCCAGAUACAGAUGAAAGUCAUCAGGAGUUAUCUGAGAUCUCUUCAGAGUAUGAGUCUGGGUCAGAGUUAGAUUCAGUGUCCCAAAAAAGUGACUUCAACUCCGAAGACUUGGAUUCCAAGACAUUGUUUCCAGGGAUUAGUCAGAGGAAAAGUAGGAAGAGACAGUCUUUUGAAAAUAGAAUAAAACUUGUUGAUAUGAUGAUUGAGAGGUUAAAAUGUUUGCAAGAAGAUGAGCUUUCUUCUCUUGCCACUAUAGUUGCAACUUAUGGUUUAAAUGCCGCCUUGGCUGAAGUCCAGAAUACCAAACAGCACAAUCCAGCAAUUAUCUUUCCAGCAAGAAGAAUGUCAUCUUUGGGAUUGCAGAAGUCGUCAGCCUUGGACGGAACAACAGGAAAGGAUCGAGUUGAGCCCGAACUACCAAGCCUAGAUAAAUUUUUAGUUAAGCACAUGACAAGACUUGAACGAGAGGUUUCUGAAGCCAAGAAAAACCAUAGGAAUGAAACAAAGUUAGGUAAGGAUAGCUCUUGUAAAUCUGGUGAUGGAACAGCAUUGGAGUCCAUACCUGAUUUGGGAAGUAUUCUAGUGAAGAAUUAUUCAAAAUUAGAGAAAGACAUCAAGGAAGCAAAAAUAAAGUCAGGAAAGGAAAUGAUAGGAUCAUCAAGUGGCUUGCCUAGAGGUCAAAAGAAGGAUCACACAGAAGUACCUGGCUUAGACAAGGUCUUAGUGAAACAUGUCUCAAGACUAGAAAAGGAAGUUCAAGAAGCCAAAAAGAGAGCAGUCAAUGAGAAGACAAGUUUGAACUCAACUUUUUAUUCUAAUGAAGCAUUAGACAGUAAAGAAAACAUAAAUUUGAAUACCAUAGAGGAAAACGUAGGUGGGUUAGAUGAGAUUUUGGUAAAGCCCGUGCACAGAUUGGAAAGAGAGAAGUUGCAGGCCUUAUCACAGGGAAGCCAGGUUGAAAACUACAGACAAAGAAAGAAUCAUGGAACAACCAAUGUUGCGGAUUGUGAGAGCUUGGAUAAAGUUUUGGUUAAGCGAGUAUCUAGACUUGAAAAGGAGAAAAUCAAUAUCAGUUCAAGGGAAGAAUGGGGCGAAGUUAAGAAAAGUCACAAAAACAGCUAUUUGGUGACAAAUGAAGAAAAUGGUGGUGGUCUGGACCAGGUUUUGGUUAAACAUAAAUCCAGACUUGAGAGAGAAAAGAUGGCUGCUGCUGCUCAACAGCAAGAGAACUCAGUUAGUUUUUCUGUCGCUCGCCGCAGGGCAAGGGAGAGAGAGUUGCAAGAAGCUUGGGGAGGACUGAGCUUAGGAAACUCCAUGAAGCCUAGUGUCUCCAAGCUUGAACAAGACAAGGCUGCUUGGAUUAAAGCUGAAGCUGAGGAAAGAAAGCAAGCAAUGGAAGCAAUAUGAUAUUUGUUGAUAAAAAUGUGCUCCGGUUGAUACCUUCAGAAGAAUAAAUUUGGUUCCAUUGAAUGUAAAUGUUUUCACAAAAAUUAGCAUAACAUUAAUUUGUUCUCAAGUAGAAGUUAAAAAAUUCCUUGCAUAUUUGUUUGAUAGUUGAUAGUUGAAACUUCUCUUGGUUCCACAUUAUACUGGCCCAUCUCAAACUUGGUUUCUGUUCGCAUUUGUUUUUCUCCUUUAGAUUGAAAAUUAGUCAAUUGUUUUUUCCUGACAUGGAAAAUGAAAUUAUUUAUAUGCAAUAUUUGUUGACUGCUC